AUGUUCGCAACAGACCUUCCACUGGAGAAAGAGCCCGAGACGUUCGGAGCUCGGAGAGAACGAAAGGCGAAGGAGCGAUCCGUUAGGUCUCCAUCCAUCGGUGCCUCCACUACAUCAAGAAGUUCGAGAGGCUCUGCCUCGACUGAGCGUGAUGCAUGGUGGCCGACAAGCUUGAAGAAGGCAAACAUCAUCAAGCCUAAAACCACACGACCCCCGUCCGGCUCCAGUCAGUCUUCGCAAAAGACUUUUCGUAAUGUUCCAGCGACAUUGGAUACGAAAAAAGCCCGUGAAUUCAAGGAUCCGGCGCUGCAACCAAGUUGGACGUAUACUAGCUCGCUUUCUGGCACUCUGCCAUCCGGUAACUCUUUACAUUUGGAUGAAUACCACCAGGUCUCAGAGCUCGAAGGUGAUAACUCGUCUCGACAGUCAAGCUCCAUUUCGUCACAUGCCUCGAAUGACCGAGAUGAGGCAACGACACCCAUCACAGUAAAUAGCGAUGAUGCGCCUCAACUGUCAACAAUGAGCCCAGAGUCGUUUGUGACAAGCCGAAGCAGAGCGAGUUCAUCGGCCGGCGAACCCUGUUUUUCAACAUGGCCGUCUGUUCUGGACAUGAGAAACAAGAAAAAGGCCUCUCCGCAGCCAACCAAGAAAGUAUAUUCGAGACCAGAAGCGUUGGAAUUGAACGACAGCUUCCACAGGAAAAUGAGCUUGAAUGACAUACGAACACCCUCUUUCGACUCGGACAUGUCCAACAAACCUCUCUCACAAUGGCAAUGUCUCGCUCCUUGCGAAGUACCCACGGAGAUGCAGCUGAAUAUGCAACCGCAGUCAUCUGGCAGCAUACUAUAUUCUCCCAAUAGCAACUCCGUGCAGCUUACCCGAUUCCAGCGAUUUAUUCGCAGAAUGGAAUCUGCCGGCCCGAAGGUCAUACUCGACCGACUUAAGGAAGACUGGCAGGAGGCGACCAGUGACGGUGUUGACGAAGAGUUGAUACUCGAAAAACAGCUCUGGCUGUUGACAGGCCUCCAGAUGCAAACUGCGAAACAUGACAAGAGCACUCCUAUACCGGAAUUCAGCACAGGAAAAAUCUUAGAGCUGUAUGGAAAUCUCUCGGAGGUAUACCAGUUAUCAGCAAUGCAUCCAUCCCAAAUGGUACAUUUUCUCACCACAAAACCUCAGCGACACGUUCCCUUGCCCGGAAAUGUGUCAUACUUGACGGUGCGCAAGUUUGGCUCGGUCCCACUGCCUUACCCGGAAGACUACUUUUCUCACAUCCGAGCGUCGACUUUGCCGUCCCUUGUGCCAUCUUCCGAACUGCCCGAGUUGUUCAGAGAAUGCUACAAGCUGCUUGCUCCUGGCGGUUUCCUAGAAAUCAGAGUCAUGGAUGCGGCACCUGUACGCACCACAGCCGGGCCACUGAUGCGCGCGUGGAUUGAGGAUAGACUUUCCGUCAACCUAGAACGGCUUUUCAGAUGCUCCAAACCGUGCGCGCUACUCCCCGCGUGGCUAACAGACGCCGGCUUUGAAUUGAACGAUCAACACAAGGACCAGAAACUGAUAUUACCAUGUGCUUCUGAUCCAGAGUCUGCCAAAGUCGAUGACGAACUUUCGACCAUCAUUGGUCGUGCCUUGUGGAAAGACAUUUGGGGAAACUUUGUAGACGACUCUUUUGACGAACCAAAAUGGUGGUGGGAAGACAAGGACAUUGUGGAAGAGUGCUUGAAGCGCCAGACCGUCCUUGAGUGCAGGACGAUUUUUGCAUACAAGCGGGAGGUGGCUCCGUGA